AUGUAUGACGCGUCAUUAGACUCGCAGUAUUUCGCCCAAGAAUAUCUUGUGCCCGUGGUCGACGGUGAAAUCAAAGCACGUUGUCUCAUACCUUCGCGAUCUAGCGAAGGUCGGAAAGAAUUUCCCCUUCUUGUCUGGUUUCGUGGUGGCGGCUAUUGCUUCGGCAGUGUUGAGGUAGAUGAACCACACCUUCGGAAAGUUUGCAUAAAGCAUCAAGUGGUCAUCGUUGGUGCAGAUUAUAGGUUAGCUCCAGAGUAUCUGUUCCCGACCGGUAUCAAUGACGCUUACGCAACUUCGAAAUGGGCCACUGAGAAUGCAGCACUGCUCUCAGCUUCGCUGUCCCUUGGCUUCAUCGUAGCUGGCAUAUCCGCAGGCGGAAACUUUGCUGCUUGGCCGACUGGCCAAAUUCUUCUUCAUCCAUCGGCUACGCCUGAGCAGUAUAAAUCUGACCUUGUCUCCUUGGAGCAAAAUAUGGAUGCUCCUUUACUUUCCGGCAGCAACGUCGAGUAUUUCUGUGAGCUGGUGAAGGCCGAUGCAUUCAACCCUAAGUUCUCUGUUAUCCUUGCAGCUUCUCAUGCUGGUCUACCGCCUACUAAUCCAUCGUCUCGAUGUUUACCCAGGAUUUCCUCACGGAGCUCAUUUCUUACUUCCGACUGCUUCUAUCUCCAAGCAAUCUAUCAAGGAUUUCGAAGACGGCCUCCAGUGGCUAUUGACCACGGACAAAUGACAAUCGUUCUGUUCCUACGGCUUCAUUUGUCUUAUGGACGUAGUUGGUAG